UCCUCGCCGCCCUUCGUCCUCGGUGGACAUUCGGCGAGCUCGAAACCUUCCGUUCGCCAACCCUCCGAGCCGAGAUGGGGGAGGACGAAACGGAACUGGCGCUGCGGCUGCUGCAGCGCUACAACCUUUCGACCAACCUUUCAGGCUUUUUGUACGAGUUGUCGCAACUGAUCAAUAACUCAAAGCACCUGAUCGACCCUGAGCUGGUGGAGAUGUACAAGCGCAACCGCAGCAUCGACUCGGACGUGAUCUUCGGCGUGCUGGUGUUCGCUUACUCGACGCUGAUUCUUCUCGGCUCGUGCGGCAACGGCCUCGUGGUGGUAGCAGUGGUCAGGAAGCCGGCCAUGCGCACCGCUCGCAACCUUUUCAUCGUCAACCUGGCCGUGUCUGACCUGCUGCUCUGUCUGGUCACCAUGCCGCUGACCCUGAUGGAGGUGCUCACCAUCUACUGGCCUCUCGGCACGCACCAGCUGCCUUGCAAAAUGCUCGGCGCGCUCCAGGCCACCAGCAUCUUCGUCUCCACCAUAUCCAUCACGGCAAUCGCGCUUGACAGGUACCACGUGAUAGUGUAUCCGACGCGACCGGCGCUGCAGGUGGUCGGCGCUGCGGGCUUCCUAAUCAUAAUCUGGCUGCUGGCGAUCGUGCUCGCGGCGCCACUUUUCAUCUGGCGCAUCCUGGAGGUGCACGAGCUGAACCUGCACGCUGCUGGAAUCGACACGAUCGCCUUCUGCGUCGAGGAGUGGCCCAUCGAGCACGGCCGGGCCGUGUACUCGAUCGUGUCGCUGGUGGUGCAGUACUUGCUUCCGAUCGCGACCGUCACCGUGGCUUACUCGCGCAUCUGCCGCAAGCUGCGCAACCGCUACCUGGCGUCGGUGCGGCGCGAAGCGUCGCGACGCAAGGAGGACCGGCGCAUGCGGCGCACCAACUCGCUGCUAGUCGCCAUUGCGCUCAUCUUCUGCGUCAGCUGGCUGCCGCUCAACGUCUUCAACGUCUGCGUUGAUCUCUAUGACCCUUUCGAAGAGAGGCAGAAUAUGCUCAUCUCCUACGCCGUUUGCCACAUGAUCGGCAUGUCUUCCGCUUGCUCAAAUCCACUCCUCUACGGCUGGCUCAACGAAAACUUCCGAAAGGAGUUCAAAGAAAUCCUGGCGGUAUUCUGCCCGUGGAUUCCUGUGGAGGCUGUGCAAGAACGCGUCAACUCCAUCCGCUCGAGCAUGCGAGAGAGCCGGCGUCGGCGACGCGCCGAGCGCGAUGUGUCGCAGGCACGCAGCGGCGGCGGCAACGCCAAGGCGUCGGCGGACAGCGGCAUCGGGUGCGGCGGCGGCAACAACCGGACACGUGAAUGCGACAGCCCGACGGCCGUCGGACCAAGCGAGGAGCCCAUGAUAACCAACGUGGUGGUGGCGAGCAGGGAGUCGCAGCAGCACUGCGGCCUCAGCGUCGACACGCAGCUAGCGUACCGCAAGGCCCUCGACACCAGCGUCAUGGUCGCCGAGAACCUGUCCGGACUCACCGAGAUGACCGUUCUCACCAACCACAGCCCUGCCACGCUGCAUCAGGUCUGAUAGACGAUUCCAAGGGAUAUUCCAUCUUUGCUGUGCUCAUGAAUGACUCUCGUCCCUCUCCGCAUAUGUUGCUGUGCAAAUAGACCGUUCAAAGCUCCAUUAAAUAUGGAGCACGUUAUUCAAUGUGAUUAAUGUUGGCUGGAUUCGACGCUAUAACUUUGAGAUUUAAUCGUUUGUACUCGUCCAUCGUCCGUCGUAUCGACCCUUUCGAGGGUGGCUCUCACUCACGGCGCGCCAGCCAGAAAACGGAAUCUGGGCCCCAGCGCGCGGUGACGCCGUUUUUUCAAGUGGCAAAAGCGCGUAACUGCUGACGCGCCGCGAAUUGCAGUCGAGACACGUUUUUAUUUACCCUCUGCGUCUGACUCUGACAGAAUAUGAUGUGAGAACUUGAUGUGAUUUGUUUGUUCGUGAAACUUCUUGUUGUGUAUUGUAUAUUCCAAUAAAAGUGUUUAUUCUUA